GUACCGAAUAUAGCGUUCUUUUUACCAUAGAAAUCGAAUAUGAGGUUUAGUCACAUGGCCGACCCUGGGGAGAGUGUUUCGAAUCUUUAUUUACCUAAAGGGUUAUAAAUAAAUUGUAAUAAUGAUAGUUGAUUUUUCUGAAAUUGGUAAAGGAUGCGCCAAAAUCCUGCUCCUCGUGCUCAACGGAUGUUGCAUUCUCACAGCGAUUUGCGCCCUAGUGUUCGCGGUGGUAGACAUCAACACUCUGCAGCAAUAUGGGCAGGAGAAGUCGAUGGGCACGAGCGUGGGUGACGUCAUCAUCAUGUCGGCUUGCUUGAUGCUGGUAGCCGUCGCUGCUUUCGGCUCCGUUGGCGCUGUCAAGGGAAAUGUCAAGAUUCUUUACAUGUACAUCGGUUUCCUGAUGAUAAUGGUGGUGCUGGAGACGUUGAUCGCGAUCUACGUGUCCGUGCAGCGCUACGGCCUUGAGUUCACGCUGUCGGAGUGGCUGCGAGAGGACUUCUUCCGCAAUACCACGGACUUGGAUGCCCAUGCCCAUACUGAUGUGUGGGACAGUCUGCAGACAACUUACGAAUGCUGCGGUCUCAAUGGCCCUGAAGACUACAUGGCAGUGCAGAAGAAAAUCAGCGUGUCCUGCUGUCCGAGAGCUCACCGCGCUAAGAAUGCUUAUGCUAAACAGCAGCUGUACCAGUUUUGCAUACAAGCCAUUGGCUACUACAAUGUGGGGUGUGAAGACCAAAUUCUGCGAUUGCUGAAAUCCGAUGCCGAUUGGCUUAUUGGGGUUGCCGUAACCUGCUUCUGGUUUGAGGCAGCUGGGAUGCUUCUGGCGCUAUGGGUGGCCAAAAACGCCAGAAAUGAAAUAUUAGAAUAUAAGAAAUCGACGAGAUAUUAGAGAAAAUUAUUUUAUUAAUUUAC